AUGCCGAGUCGCCCCGACUCAGCGGCCAAGCUCUGGUGGACAUAUGGUGACCAUUUUGAUAUUCGCUUUGUUCAAGCCUACGAGAUGCUGCAACCAGAACAGGGCGCAACACGGCGCACUUUCAUUCAUCGAAUCAAAAGAAUGGCGUCCUUGGAGAAGAGGCGGAUCAGCUGCACAGGCCACGCCAAACAUGUGAAGUCGAGAAGCCACAGAAGGACCAUCGGCGCAUGGGCGCCCUGA